AUGAUUGAAGGCCUCUACCGGAGUUCCAUAAUUACCACAACGAAAGCGGAAAUAGCAGGGCAAGACAGAAAGGUGUCAAACGAAAAUAAGGUGCUUGGAGUGCCACGCCUCAGACAGCUAAGGGUUCGAAAUGAUUCUUGUGAAGUACCAGCCAUAUUCACCAGAACUUUUUCUACCUGUUACGAUGCGUACUCUUCUGCUGCAGAAGAAAAGGAGCCAUUCGGACCGAGGAACACUACAGCCUGGAGAUACACCUCUAGUGAAGAAUUAGAUGGUAUCAGUUAUAUGGGAACUAUUUCGAAUUAUCACGGAGGAGGCUAUUACCAGGAUCUGUCUAUUGUACCAAAUGAGACAGUAAAUAUUGUGGCAAGUUUGAAAAAGAAUCUAUGGAUCAACCGAUCAACCCGAGCUGUAUUUUUGGAUUUUACCGUAUAUAACGCAAACAUCAAUUUAUUCUGCGUGAUAAAGCUGCUCUUUGAAUUCCCGCCGACGGGUGGUGUCCUGAGCUCUCAUGACUUCACAACCAUGAAGUUAAUACGUUAUGUUGAACCAUUAGAUUACGCUGUAAUGGGCUUUGAAUUUUUAUUUAUAUUUUUUGUCCUUUUCUUCACUAUGGAAGAAGUGAUAGAAAUGAUGUUUUUCAAAUUACAAUACCUCUUUCACUUCUGGAAUUACAUAGAUUUGGUGAUUUUACUGCUGUCAUACAUCUCCAUUGCCUACAGCUUGCAUAAACUUGUCAUCACAAGAGGUGUGUUGGAAAAAUUAAUAGAAAAUACAACUGAAUACUCAAAUUUAGAGUAUAUAGCAUUAUGGGAAAAACAGUGUAAUGCUGUAGCUGCCUUUCUUGUUUUCUUCAUCUGGAUAAAAGUAUUGAAGUAUAUUAACAUAACCCAUACAACAGCUCAACUCAAUGAAGCACUUAAACGGUGUGCUAAAGAUCUUGCUGCUUUUGGAUUACUGUUUUUCAUUGCUAUUUGUGCAUAUGCCCAACUGGGAUAUAGCCUUUUUGGAACAAAGGGAGUAACAGAGGCAACAAACACGAUUGUUAAAGGCAACAUAAAAGGAAAACUGCAUAUUCUCCUCCCGUCCCCUGCUUCCCCUGAUUCCCCACGCCAACCAGAGGAGGACACGCCAGGGUGGUCCUUGCAGUUGGCCCCCGGUCGGCUCACGGACGACGCCUCCCAGCCAGAGCUUCUUUUCCCGGACAUGGACCAGACCCAGCCACAGCCAGCCGGGGACUCAGAGGUCUCCCCCAAUCGCCACCCCCAGGUCACUCCGGAUGCCGAUGAAGACAUGCCACUGGUUCCUCCUGCACUGCCUCCUCUGCUGCUGCGGUCCACGCGCUAUAACCUUCGCCCCCGGCCAGGGCGUUUUUGCCUGUAUGCUCCUGUACCCAGUCUCACUGCCAACGCCGAGGUUUCAGAGGAGGAGGACGCCAUGGACAUGGCGUUCAUUCGCAGCCAAUGUUUCCACGCUUCCCACGGGGGAAGGGGUGUGGCAAGGGACUUCAGAGGAAUUGGAAUAUCUGUGGUGACUCUUUUGCGGACUAUUGUGGGAUAUAAUAUUUAUGAAUCAAUUCAGAAAGCUGAUUGGUUUUUUGCUCCUAUAUACUAUAUUGCAUAUGUAGUAUUUGUUUUCCUCAUAUUAUUGAAUAUGUUUAUUGCAAUUAUUGUAUAUUCAUAUUCAGAAGUAAAAGCUGAGAUAGCUGUUAUGGAUGAUGAUUUACAUUUGACUGACUUUUUGAAAAGACACUUUAAAAAUGUGAUGGAGAAGUUUGGCAUAUACAGCACAUAUGAGCCAAAGUCUAAGGACAAAGAGAAGAAGCUCACAUAUAAUGAUAUUAGAGAAAUUUUACGAGAGUGCAAAUUUACAGAUUUGGAGAUAGAAAUGUUUUUUGCAAAAUACGACAUCACAGGAGAAAGAAUAGUAACUGAACAUGACACACACAGAAUGUUACGUGAUAUGGGAUGGGUGGACAAGGAAGACGAAGAUGUGGAACCAGAAGAAGAUUCUGGUGUGUCUGUUGAUGAAUUUGAAGAGUAA